UCUGUUCCAGUACGUGUUCGACUUGCGUACUGACCUGACGUCGCAGCGCAACGGAAUAAAAUUUCAAAAAUUCCUAACAGUCUAACAGUCUUAAAGCGCGGGAGUGUGUGCUAAGAUAUUACAUUAAAACAGUGCUACUACCAAUUCUAUCGAUAUCUGGUCUAUGUGUGAGUGUUAAGCUCUAAAAACCCAUCUCCAAAUUAAGUGAAUAACUGUAUAAAUAGACAAAAGAAAAAUAGAGGAUUACCAAAAGCCCAAAACGAAGACACCAAGUCCAAAAAAUGUUUUUUUAAAAACCUGGAUUAAGUCUAAAAAAAUCUGAAACUCUGAAAUAAAAGGAUUACCCAAGCCAGGCUUGUGAAGGAGGAUUACUGAACGAUUGGAGCUUGAAAGCUGAUAUAACCUCAAAUCAUGGUUUCGCAUUAUUACAAUUCACUGCCCUACACGCAGAAGCACACGGCCGCCAACUUGGCUUAUGCCUCGGCGGCCAGCCAGCCCUGGAACUGGACUCCAAACUACCAUCACACGCCGCCGAAUCAUCAGUUCCUCGGCGAGGUGGACACAUCCCAUGCCGCCCAUCAUGCGGCGGCCGCCCAUCAGAUGUACUACAACUCCCACCACAUGUUCCAUUCGGCGGCGGCAGCCGGCGCUGGCGAUUGGCACUCUCCGGCCUCCAGUACGGCGGAUAACUUUGUCCAGAAUGUGCCCACCUCGGCGCACCAGCUGAUGCAGCAGCACCACCAUCACUCCCAUGCCGUGGCAGGCGGCGGUGGCUCCAGCAGCUCCGCCAGUUCCGGCAGCAGCAGCAGCGGAGGAGCAGGCGGCGGCGGUGGUGCCACCCAGUUGAACGAAACCAACAGCAGUUUGGGAGGCGGCAGUGGAGGAUCCACCGACGCUGCUCCAUCCAACCACCAACAGCAGCACAUCGCCGAGGGUCUGCCUUCACCACCGAUUACCGUCUCCGGAUCAGAGAUCUCCAGUCCCGGAGCACCCAAUUCUGCCUCGUCGCCGCAUCAUCAUUUGGCCCAUCAUCUUAGUGCCGCCGCUGGCAACAACAACAACAAUAGUCCUUCAACCCACAAUAAUAAUAACAACAACAACAGUGUGAACAACAAUAAUAACAAUAACAGGACAUCGCCAUCGAAGCCACAGUACUACGAGUGGAUGAAGAAGCCCGCCUAUCCAGCACAACCACAACCAGGUAAAACCCGCACUAAGGACAAAUACCGCGUUGUUUACACCGACUUCCAGCGCUUGGAACUGGAGAAGGAGUACUGCACAUCCCGUUACAUCACCAUCCGGCGCAAAAGCGAACUGGCACAGACCCUCUCCCUGUCCGAGCGGCAGGUGAAGAUCUGGUUCCAGAACCGACGGGCCAAGGAGCGCAAGCAGAACAAGAAGGGCAGCGACCCCAAUGUGAUGGGCGUGGGUGUGCAGCACACGGACUACAGCCAGCUGCUGGACGCCAAGGCUAAGCUGGAGCCGGGCCUGCAUCUGCCCCAUUCGCUGGCCCACUCGAUGAACCCGAUGGCGAUGAACAUUCCGGCCAUGAGACUCCACCCGCAUCUGGCCGCCCACAGUCACUCGCUGGCGGCGGCGGCGGCGCACUCGCAUCAGCUGCAGCAGCAGCACAGCGCCCAAAUGUCCGCUGCAGCGGCGGUGGGUACGCUUUCGAUGUGACCCGAUCCCUGCUAUGGGAACAGCUUGAGCAACGGCAUCCACGGCGAGAACGGUGGCGGCUACAUGGAGGCCAUUGGGGAGAGCAACUGUGGCGCCUACAGUGCUCCCGCCCUCGCCACGGAAUUGGCUUAACCCUUAGGUCGCGCAGUCAGACUGUGGCGACCCCCGAACCGAAGGGUACUAGAGAUGUAAAACAAGAAGAAGAAAGAAAAAUGGAUCCCAAGAGCAUUUGGCGCCAGCGUGGCCCCUUGAAUAUUGCACGUUGUUAAUUUUUGUGAUUGUAUAUUCCUGGUUUCAUCACGCUGCUGCCUAACAGCUCCAACACAAACAAUUCUGCAUGUAUUAUGUUUGUUUUUUGUUCAAUGUAAUUUAAAGUAAAUGUUUAAAUUGUAAGUUGUAAGCCUCCCCCCUAGUUGUAAGUUGCCCAGGAAAAACAAAAACAAUUCAACCCAACCGUCCCACAAAUUAACAAGCAGCGAGUUUCAAAAAACUUAACAUUAUUUAGUAACAAGCAAUUAAUUUUAAAUGCGAAAAUUGAUUCUUCAUCCUUUGUAAAUAUCCACAAAAAUGUGUUUAACGUUUAUUACUUUUAUAUAUCGUAAUAACAAUUAGCCUUAAUAUCUUAUCUAGCUGUACUGAAUGUAAAUGUAAUUCAAUAAUCGAGCACAAAAGCAAAAUUAAAAUAUAUACAAUAUUCAUAAAUAA